CCGUACUAAGCCCAAACACCGGGGAUCGCUGAACUCUCGCAACCUGUCGCGAGAAGUCUGAGUAGCUGGAUUUCAAACUGUGGCGGUUUAAGACGACUGAUAUUUGAAAGAUGGCAGCGGAGGAGGAGAUUCAGCUGCUGAGGAGCCAGCUGAAGGAGAAGGAGAAGCAGGUCCACCAGGCCGCUCAGGCUGGUUUGGAUCUCCUGAACCAACAGGUGGAGCUUCAAAGCAGGCUGGAUGACCAGAGAGUAGAGAUGACCAACGCCCUUGAGGCUCUUGAACAAGAAAAGUACUCACUGCAGAAGGAAGUGGAAUUAAAGAAUCGUAUGCUGGAGUCGCUGCAGUCAGAAUAUGAAUGUUUCAAAAAGCAGCUGAAACAGCAGCUUCAAGAGCAGCAAGAGCACCUCGAGAUGAACCACAGCCUGGCAGUAAAUGAGCUUCACAACAAGGCUCUGAGGCUUCAGUCGGCUCUGGAGGAAUCCCAGCUGAACGAAAAACAGCUGAAACACAAACUGGAGGCGCAGACGGAGACACUGCACAACAAAACGGAGGAGCUGCGAGCUUUGAACGAACAGACGCAUAGUUCCAUGACGUCCGAAAUGAUGGAGGUUCAGAUGAGGGUCGUGGAGCUGGAGAACACGCGGGUGGAGAUGGAGCAGGCCUUGCAGGAGUCCCAGUACAAGGAGCAGCAGCUGCAGCUGAACACCAGCAGCCUGCAGCGCCACCUGGAGCGAAUCACCGAGGAGAAGGAGGAGAGAGAGAAAGAAGCCGUCUCCUGGUUCAACGCGUUAGAGAAAUCCCGUGAGCUGAACAGAGACCUCCAGAUCCAGCUGGAUCAGGUUCUCCAAGAGGCCCAGGAUCCAAACAGCAAGGGGAACUCGCUGUUUGCCGAGCUGGAGGACAAAAGAGCCGAGAUGGAAAAGCAGCUCAUCAGCGUGAAGGUUCAGUAUCACUCCCUGCAGAAGAUCCACGCCUUCAGCAAGCAGCAGAUGCAGCGCAUGAAGAUGCUGCUGAAAUCCCAGCCGGCUAAGCCCGGUCCAGCGGAGGGAGGGGACAGCCAGGACGAAACCUACUACACGGACCUGCUGAAAAUGCAGCUCGGCAACGCUGUCAAAGACGCGGUGCGCCUGGGGGACGAGCUCUCCCUGCAGAGGAUGAAGUCUCUGUCGGAGAAGGCCAAAAAAGACUCCGCCCCAAGGAAAAGGAAAGAGAAACUCCCAGCCGACCCCACGCCCUCCGCAAACGAGCCCGCCCCCGGGGGGGGCCAGCAGACGCCGGCGGCGGUGGAGGUGAUCCCGCCGGCCUCCGAGGCUCCGGCCGGCCCUACGGCAGAGGCCCCGGGCCCCGCCCCAGGUCCGGAGCCGGAACCGGAGCCGCGGCCCUCAAAGUGCGUGAAGAUCAGCGUGGACGAGCCGGCCGUGAUCCCCGACCCCAGCGCCCCGGCGGAGCCCAGAGAGGAGGAGAGCGAGGAGAACCAGCAGCAGAACAAACGGGAAGACAGGAAACGGAAGCAAAGGACGGUGGAGAUGAUCCAUGUCAGCUCUCACAACAGCAUGGAGACCCAGUGUGCUCAGCAGUAG